AUGACAAACUAUCAAAUUAUGCUCAAGUUGGCUACUACUAUGCUCUUGUAUUUCAUACCUUGCUCCCUUAAUAUUCUGGUAGAAGGGCAGUGUUCACGUGUUCAAUACGUGGAGAAAUACAAAACGUGGUACUAUUGGAUUGGCUCGAAUAACCCUUCUUAUGUCAGUAAUGGUGAAGGACCGAGACGUUUGGUUGGACUGGACCGUUUUUAUAUUGACGAGUACGCGGUGAGCAACGCAGAUUUUAAAAAGUUCGUCAACACCACUGGAUACGUAACCGAAGCUGAAAAAAAAGGCUACUCAAUAGUACAUGAUGAAUACUUAGUACCAUCUGCUAAAAAGAAAAUUAUACAGUCUAAGGUUAUUACAUUAGGGUAUCUGACUGUAAGAAAUGCUACUUGGAGGACACCUCUAGGAAUCGGCUCCAGUUUAUCAGGUAUAUCGUAA